CGGUAGUGACGUGGACGCACAUUUCCGGUGGUGUGCCACCAGUGCGAAUGCUGGAAAUAAAACAAAAUUGGGACAGAAUUUUAACGUUAAGCUAUGUAGUGUGGACGUGGGCGAUUUAUCACAUAUAAACGCAACUGAGGUAAGAAACCAUACUGAAUGUUUUCCAAAAAUUUCAGUGUAUAAUAGAUGGAUAAGUUUGUAACUCGGCACAGAAAAAGAUCUGCUGUUGAGGCAGAUGAAUGGAAAACGGAGGAAACGUUCAAGAAAUACAAAGAGGAAUGUGAGGUGGAAGAGGAGUUUUCUCAUCCCAUCCCCUGGCAGAAGAUUGAGGCAGAGGGACUGGACUGUGACUACAGUUUGCUGUUUGACAAAGAGGAGGCUGAUCACCUUUUUAACCAGCUAGAAGAGGAGGUGGAGUAUUUUACAGGUGACCAAGCUAAACUACAAGUGUAUGGAAAGUCUUACAGUGCUCCAAGAAAGCAAGCAACAUAUGGCGACGAAGGACUGAUGUACUCUUUCUCUGGAGUCCAUCUCCUGGCUAAACCAUGGACUCCCACUUUGGAACGCAUUCGAGAUGCUGUUACCAGGGCAACAGGCCAUUCAUUCAACUUUGUUUUAAUAAACAGAUAUAAUGAUGGUCAUGAUCACAUUGGAGAGCAUCGGGAUGAUGAACAGGAACUCGAUCCUGCCUGUCCUAUUGCCUCUGUAACUCUAGGGGCUGCCCGUGACUUCAUUUUCCGUCAUAAGGAUGCACGGACUGGUUCUAGCAAACGUCAGAUUGAGCCAGUCAAGCUGGAGCUGGCUCAUGGGAGUCUACUGCUCAUGAACUAUCCCACAAACACAUACUGGUAUCACAGUCUUCCAGUCAGGAAAAAGGUCAAAAUGCCACGCAUCAACCUCACUUUCAGACGCAUAGUGAAAAACAGACAGAAAACUGGCAUUAAAAUAGAGUGAUAGUUCUUUUAGCAUCUUACCAGGUACUGAUGUGGGUCAUGUUAGUUUUUCUUUCACAACAUGUGUGAAAGCUGUGUAAAAAGUUAGUAAGCAUAUCUCACAUUAACACAUCUGCAGUGAACCCAUGUUGGGUUUUAGCACACUUACACUAUCAGUUUCACUUUCUUUUCACAUCUUCAUGUUAUGAUUUAGUCUUCAUGUUUUAGGAUUAAUUUGUCAUUAAACUGUCCAGUAAAAAUUGUACUGUUAUCUCAGAAAAUCAAGCUUCAAGCUCAUCUUUGCUCUUCAGAGCAAAUUCAGGUUUGAUAUUUGGCAACAAAAUGCACUUUCAAGAGUUUUCAAAGGAAAUAUUUUAUUUGUUUUCUUAGAAAACCAAUAAACUACAUGUGGAAUAAAUAGGUUAGACACAACCAUACUU